AUGGAGUAAAAAUAAUAUUGUUACUUGUCUAGCAAAUAUUCCAUAUUCAAGUAUACUUCAAAAAAUGAGCUUCCUCCAUUAUCAUCCUAUAGCUAUCUUAUAGCCUAUAACUGUCUUAAGUAAUCGUUUUUUAUAUAUAAAUAGUCAGUGUUGGUCGUAAUUAAAUAUUGUGAAUAUAAGUAAGAAUGAAUUAUAAGAAUUUCAGAACCAGAUUUUUAAGUGGGAUUAUAAGUUUAAAAAAUUUUCUAUAGUUUUCAAACAAAAAUUCCUAUUUUUUGGUGUUGAAAAUUAUAUCAACAAAAAAGGCUUAAAAAAUAAGCAAUACCUAUUCAAUGUGAUUACUUAUGCAAAUAUUUUUUAUAUAGUCUUAUUUAUCUUAAAUUUAAAAGGCUGGAUUUUUACCAAUUAAAAAGAUUGA